UGAAUAUUUGACAAGCCAAAUAUGCAACAGGUGUAAAAAUAGAAAUAUGGACAAUGUUGUAACUGAGAAGUCAAAACGAAGAGUACAUACGAUAUUGAAGUGUAAACAAAACACUUGCAACAUCGUAUGGAAUUGUGAUAUCAUGGCUGCACACAAUAUCUUGGACAUAUUUCUAUUCGCUGCAAGAAACAACAAUCAGCGUCUUGAUGUUUUCAUGCGUCAAGGCACAUCUAAUGACCAACCUUUCGUAUGACUGAUAUGACUCUCUCAUACGUCCUUACAGUGUAAGUUGUAUCAGUUUUUAAGUUUACGAAUAAGAUGUAUUAACUGUGUAUUUCUUAAUUCUUCAGUAAAAAAAAAC